AUUUUCAGCUUGAUCAGAGAGGAACUGUCAGCGAGCAAGGAGACAAGGGGUGUGCACGAUGACAGGGAACGGUCGCUGAAGCUGCAGCUGCCCGCAUGAGCAGCCUCUUUGGAAGGGUGCCAGUGGCAGGAUGCCAGCCUUUUACCACCAAAAUGGGCCCCGCUUGCAGAUCCCUCUGAAGAGCCAGGCAAAACGAACGGCGCUUGGUGGCAAUGUGUUUGAUAGUUACGGGGGCGAGAAGAGAGCCAGGCCGAAUGGCUCGGCCAGCAGCGGACAGCUCCACGAGAGGGACGAAAAUGGUCAGGAUGUUGUUGGCCCGCUGUCAAUGCAGGAGCGGUUGCGGCUGGCGGGUGCUAGCUCAGACGCGGGCCCUUCUGAGCCGCAGCAGCAUAGCGCACGGCUAGAUCAUAGCACGAGUGGUGAUGGCUCGGGAGUGCAUGUGAGUGCCAAUGGAGGGGCGGGGACUGGUAGUACUGGGGCAGCAGGACUAGGGGUCCUGUCCUCAGACUGCCAGCCUGUGGAAGUGAGCAUGUAUCUUGAUGUCCCACAGCCUGGUGUUGGCCUCACAAACCUAGGGAACACGUGCUACCUGAACUCGGUUCUGCAGUGUCUGCUGCACACAAGGCCUCUUCACAAUCUGCUGCUGGAGCGCUACCACUCAGAACACUGUGAGUAUGGUCAUGGUAGAGCAGACGGUUUCUGCCCCCUUUGCUUGCUGGAGAGACGCCUCCGAGGCAGCUUUUUCACCGAGCCCAAGCACCCGCGGCCGCUGGCCAUUGCCAAGAACCUCCACCGUAUCCUGAACACACAUGGACUGGUUCUCGUUCUUCGUAUCGGGGAGCAAGAGGACGCGCAUGAGUUGCUGCGACUGAUGAUUGAUUCUUGCCACCGCACCUGCCUACUGCAGCAGAGAGGACUUCCCAUGACUGCACUAAAACGAUUCGAGGACAGGACUGGAAAGGUCCCCACAGUCAUAUCGGACAUAUUCGGGGGCGUGUUGCAAAGUCAGGUCAAGUGUCUAACCUGCAAUUUCGAGUCCAACAAGCGCGACGUGUUCAUGGACCUCAGCCUGGACCUCGCCCCCUCCACGCACAGCGUCUACGCGGCGCUCCAGGCGUUCAUUACGCCGGAGAGGCUGGACGGCGCCAACAAGUACCGCUGCGAGCGCUGCAAGAAGCUCUCGGCUGCACGCAAGCAGAUGCAGAUUCUGCGGGCGCCCAACGUGCUUGUCAUUCAGCUCAAGCGCUUCGAGAACAUCUGCGGCGGCAAGAUCACGCGCCACGUGCACUUCAGCGAGACGCUCAGCCUGGCGGGGUUCAUGGCCCCCGGCUCCCGCGACCCCCCCCCCGAGUACACCCUGUACGCGCUCAUCGUACACGAGGGCAGUACUCAGCAGCUGGGGCACUACUACGCGUGCGCAAAGGCCUCCCGCGUCUGGUACUGCUUCAACGACUCGAGCGUGCGCCCGGUGCACUGGUCGGACGUGUCUCGCCAGGGGGCGUACAUUUUGUUCUAUCUUAGGACCCGCCCCCCCGGGUCGGUGUUUUUCUACCCCCCAAAAAGCCAGGUUCUGACAAAAGAGAGCGCCGGAGGUGCUGCCCGCGUGAAUAAACAGCAACCGCCGGAGGGCAAUCGGGGCGCUGUAGAGUCACCGGUCAGCGCCAAAACGGGACGGACAGAGGCAGGAGGCACUUCGACAGGGCCUCUCAUCGGCCCCCAGUUGCCACCUGGUUAUCGAGGCCCUGUCAAGCAACCGGGGAGUGCUGAAGUAGGGCGGGCGAACCUCGGAAACGGUGCGGCAGCUGCAGCGGUAGGGCCUCUAUACGGUCCCCAGUUGCCACCUGGCUAUCGGGGCCCUGUCGAGCCACCAGCAAACAGUGAAGGAGGGCGGGCGGGGCUCGGAAACGGUGCGGCAGCUGAGGCGGCGGGGCCUCUUUACGGGCCCCAAUUGCCACCCGGUUCUCGGGGCCCUGUGGAGUCGGGAACGGGCGCGGGAACAGUGCAGACGGAAGUCGGAAGCAGUGCGGCGGCGCUGUCGGCAGGGCCCUCUUACGAGCCCCAACUUCCCCUGAAUUUUCUGGGCCCUGUGGGAUCGAUCAGCGAGCCCGAGUUAGCAGGAUCGAAGAGUAGAGACGAGAGAGGCGCACUCUCAGCAGGGCCUUCUUGCGAACUCCCGACGCCUCUGGGCCCUGUUGGCGUAAGUGGCGGGACCGGUCAGUCAAAUAGUGAAAGCAGCAGCCAGAUGAAGGGACCUCCAGCAAGGCCGGUCCCUCCGCUGCCAAUCCCUCCAGAAACGCCCCCCUUGCCACAAGGCCUUGUCAGUCAAGCCGUGACUGCGGAAGGCAAUCAAGGGGGGCGGUGCGAGCGGGGCGGGACAGGGCCCCCACUGUCACCAGGGGGCGCGGUCGAAGGUGCGGGGCGAAAGAUGCUGAACCCUAGCCUGGACGGAAAGCCUCUUGCUGAUCCGUGCGACAAUUCAGGAGGGGCUGAUCACGCAGUCAGCGUCACAACCAACGGUUCAGUGGAUCAGGCGGGCCGGGCUGAGUCCAACGGGGGUGACGUCAGCGUCCCGCUUGGGGAUGACGUCUGCAUGUCUGGGAGUAAGAUGGGGGCAGCUGGCGAGCGCGAGCCGCACAGUCUGAAGCGCAGACUGUCCGGAUCAGACGCGCCGGUAGCCCCCGAGUCGAAACGAAAAGUGUCCAAAAGCGAGAGAAUGUUCGAUGUCGAGGUUGACGGAAGACUGAAAAGUGGGGAAGACAACAGAGGGGGUCUGAUAUGUGAAGCUGCCGGGGGCGGCGACACGCAGGAUACCGUCGAGCAUAGAGCGAGUGUUGCGGGUGCGGGGGAUGGGGUUGCAGCUGGAGAUCUGGUCAUGCCAAGUGUCAUAGGAUUAGGGAAUGGAAUUGGCCAGGAAGGCUCGAAACUGGGAUCCGGCGGCGUUGGGAAAGAUGUGCAGACUGGGAACUCAACGGGGCAGGGACGCGAGGCGGCUCGAUUGGGGUCGAGGAAGAUCGACGGCGGCGAGGGGGUGGUGCGAGCAGCAGCGAGCGGUCCCCCUCAACCGGAUACGCUUUUGAACGGUGGGGAGGGUAUGUCAACGAGGCCACAGGGCGCUCUGGUCGAGGUCCAUGGCGCGCCAGGAGGACACAUGGAUGCGGGCGGGAAAGUGGAGAUUGUUGAUGCGUCCGCUUGGUCGCUAGCGUUCUCGUACGGCUCAGACGACGAUGAGGAGCGCGAGGAAACCCUAAAGAAGGCUGGUGUUAUUGGCCUCAGUUCGUCAGCUUGCCCGGUUGAGGGAAGGAUAUUUGACCAGGGCUUGAAAACGGACCACAAGCCUCUACCCGGGUUGGUGGAAGCUGAGUCUCUGCUCCAAGGGGGGCCUGGUUUGGGCAUCUUCGGCUGGUCUAAGACAUAAGCUGGGAGAAGCACAUCUGGUUUACGAAUCUUAAGAGGUUGAUCGAUACUAAGGCACAGUCUUGGUUGCACCCUCUCUGAAGCUCCUUGGACCUAUGAUUGGCUAGUGUUUGUUAUAGCCACUUUGAAGGACUAGCUCGAGGAAACCCACAAUGAUGGCCUCAAAAUCUAAGACUGAUUGGAAACCAAUGCUGGCGGAUACUUGGCAUGUAAUCCAUGCAUGUAUGGGCGUGUGCAGCGC